UCCCUUACACAACCAAACAAAUCCACUGAAAAACUGCAGUUCAGCAGACCAGAUAAAGAACUCCCUCCCAUUCCCACACCACCAAGAACACAAAAAAAAAUGUCUCCCCUCGCCCUUACCAAUUUUUUUUAACUCUCACGUCCAAACCCUAACCCUAAUCCCCAUUCCCCAAAUCCGCCAUGGCCGUCCUCUCCUUCUCCUCCCCGGUCCGCUUCCCCUUGACCUUCUCGCGCCGCCUCUCACCGUCUCGCCUCAGACGUAGCUUCCUCGCUUGCUCCGCCGAAACCCUAGUCGCCGCCUCCGGCGAAAAAUCAGCGGAGAGUGGCGACCUCAAAUCUUGGCUCCAUAAAGAAGGGCUGCCUCCUUGCAAGGUCGUGCUCAAAGAGAGGCCCUCUCAUGGUGGAAAGCAUCGGUCGAUCCAUUACGUCGCUGCCAGCGAGGAUCUCAAGGCGUGCGAUGUGGCGUUCUCAGUGCCGAAUUCUUUGGUUGUUACAUUGGAGAGGGUUUUAGGGAACGAGACAGUUGCGGAACUGUUAACAACCAACAAGCUGUCUGAACUAGCCUGUUUGGCUUUGUAUCUCAUGUACGAGAAAAAGCAGGGUAAAAAAUCGUUUUGGUAUCCAUUCAUCAAGGAACUUGACCGUCAACGGGGCCGAGGACAACUAGCUGUGGAAUCUCCUCUUCUGUGGUCCAAAGCUGAACUUGCUUAUCUGGAUGGUAGUCCUACCAAGGCUGAAGUUCUUGAAAGAGGUGAAGGAAUAAAGAGAGAAUACAAUGAAUUGGAUACAGUCUGGUUUAUGGCAGGUUCAUUGUUUAAGCAAUACCCUUUUGACAUACCUACUGAGGCUUUUCCAUUUGAGAUUUUCAAGCAGGCGUUUGUUGCAGUUCAAUCAUGUGUUGUGCAUUUGCAGAAAGUCAGUCUGGCUAGAAGGUUUGCUUUGGUUCCUUUAGGGCCUCCCCUAUUGGCUUACAAGAGCAACUGCAAAGCAAUGUUAACUGCAGCCGAUGAUGCUGUUCAACUCGUGGUUGACCGCCCGUAUAAAGCUGGAGAGGCAAUUGUCGUAUGGUGUGGGCCACAACCAAAUUCACGGUUGCUCCUGAACUACGGUUUUGUGGAUGAAGAUAAUCCUUAUGAUCGUCUAGUGAUUGAGGCAUCCUUAAAUAUGGAUGAUCCACAAUACCAAGAGAAGAGAAUGGUGGCUCAGAGAAAUGGAAAGCUUGCUGUUCAAGUUUUUCACGUGUAUGUGGGAAGAGAGAAAGAGGCUGUUCUAGACAUGCUGCCUUAUCUGCGAUUAGGUUAUGUCUCAGAGCCAUCUGAAAUGCAUUCAGUUAUAUCUUCACAAGGUCCUAUUUGUCCUGCGAGUCCAUGCAUGGAGCGAGCUGUUUUAGACCAGCUUGUCCGAUAUUUUGAGACUCGUCUUGCCGGCUAUCCAACAACCUUAAGCGAAGAUGAAUCAAUGUUGGCAGAUUACAGUCUGGAUCCAAAGAAACGAGUUGCUACCCAACUUGUAAUGAUUGAAAAGAAAAUGUUAACUGCUUGUCUUCAGUCUACUUUGGAAUUCAUAAAACAGUUGCCAGAUCACUCUGUUUCUCCUUGUCCAGCUCCUUUUGCGCCUGAAUUAAAAUGAAUGGACCACCUAAUCCUGUUACUUCAUAGCUAUAAUCUU